AAUCCCGUAGUGAGUGGCCCCGGUGUCACGAAUGGCUCCUCGGGCGGUCUGGCUCCUGGUCGCGCUGUCCGGUGUCCUGAAUGUGCGCUCCUGCUGGGCUUAUACCUGUCCGGCCAUCUGCCGCUGCACCGCCGACACUUUCCAGUGCAGCAGAGACACUCAGCUGGCCUCCCGGGCAGCAGCAGCAUCCGUGCUUCGACUAUGGCUCACUCAUCUGCCCUUGAAAGAAGUCCCCACUCAUGCCUUCAAGGAGCUGAUCAACGUUACAAUAAUUGAGAUUUCCCAGAGCGACUGCAUCACACAGAUACAGAGACAUGCCUUCCUUUCCCUCCACAGCCUGGCUCAAAUUUCGGUGCAGAAUAUCAACAGUCUGAGGGUUAUUGAAAAAGGGGCCUUCACUGACCUGCCAAAGCUGGAAUAUCUGAGCAUCUCUAACACAGGGGUGAUACACUUCCCAGACUUCACAACUAUCUCUUCCUUGGCACCAAAUAUUAUCCUAGAAAUGGCAGAUAACAUGAGGAUCGACAUCAUUCCUGCCAAUUCCUUCCAGGGUAUCACAGAGGAGUAUGUUGACAUGAACCUGGUUAGAAACGGCUUCAAAGAAAUCAAAUCUCAUGCAUUCAAUGGAACCAAGCUCAACACACUGAUUUUGAGAGACAACAGGCAUCUCAGUGAAAUCCAAGAAAAUGCCUUUGAAGGAGCCACAGGUCCGAGUUUUCUGGAUGUUUCCUCCACAGCUCUGAGUUCCCUCCCCCCUAAAGGGCUGCGGCAGGUGAGGUUUCUGAAAGCCAGCUUUGCCUUUGCUCUGAAGACCCUCCCUCCACUGGAGAGUCUGGCUGAGCUGCUGGAGGCUGAGCUCACGUACCCCAGCCACUGCUGUGCCUUCCACACAUGGCGUCGAAAACAAAGGGAAAGCGCCUUAAAGAACUUCACAAAGUUAUGCGAUCUCAGCGAAACUGAAACAGAUCCCGCAGGUGAUGGUGUGAACUUGAUUGAUGACAUCAACUUUGAGUAUCCAGACCUGGGAUUUGAUUGCCUUAACAACCCCUUCGUCAAGUGCACGCCAAAGCCAGAUGCUUUUAACCCUUGUGAGGACCUGCUGGGUUUUCCCUUCCUGCGCUGUCUCACCUGGAUCAUUACAGUCUUCGCUGUGACCGGUAACCUGGCUGUUCUGGUCAUCCUGCUAAUUAGCCACCAUAAGCUAACAAUCUCCAAAUUUCUCAUGUGUAACCUGGCCUUCGCUGACCUGUGCAUGGGGCUCUACCUGAUGCUCAUUGCCUUCAUGGACCACAACUCCCGUCAUGAGUACUACAACCACGCCACGGACUGGCAGACGGGACCCGGAUGUGGCAUAGCAGGGUUUUUGACAGUGUUUGCCAGUGAGCUGUCAGUAUAUACACUGACUGUGAUUAGCCUUGAACGCUGGCACACCAUCAUCAAUGCCAUGCAUGUCAACAAGAGGCUGCGGAUGCACCAUGUAGCAGCCAUUAUGGGGGCAGGCUGGGGCUUCUCUCUGCUGGUUGCCCUGCUCCCUCUUGUGGGGGUCAGUAGUUACAGCAAAGUGAGCAUCUGUUUGCCCAUGGACAUCGACACACUGGGCUCUCAGGUUUACGUGGUGGCUGUACUCAUUCUCAAUGUCGUCGCUUUCCUGUUGGUCUGCUACUGUUACAUAUGCAUAUAUCGGAGUGUUCACAACACAGAGCACUCUACCCGCCAUGGAGACACCAAGAUUGCCAAGCGCAUGGCUGUGCUCAUUUUUACAGACUUUGUGUGCAUGGCGCCAAUCUCCUUCUUUGCCAUCUCUGCAGCCCUGUGUAUGCCCCUCAUUACUGUGUCUCACUCAAAAAUCCUGCUCAUCCUUUUUUAUCCCAUCAACUCCCUCUGCAACCCUUUCUUGUACACCCUCUUCACACGGGCUUUCAGGAAGGACGUGUGCCUGCUACUGAGGCGCUGCGGGUGUGGCUGCUGCCAGGCAAACACUCUUCUACAGGUCACAGACUCUGGCUUCACACCUCAAUUCUACUCAGAAAAUGUCCACCAGAAAGCCUCACUCACUUAACUUCUAUGCCUAUCACAUUAAGAUGAAAGGUUGCUUUCUAAACAAGGGAACCACAUGACCAUCAGCACAGAGAAUUUUAUUCUGAACUUAAAGGCAGUGUCUGCUGUCUUGAUAAAAAUGUAGCAUUUCUUUAAAAAUGUAGGUCAGGGUGAAGAGAUUGUCAAUCUCGUUCAUGACAGGCAUCAGAUCAAAUUUGAUCUAGGUUACUUUACAAAACCAGAAUUUCAUGUCAGGACCAAGAGACCUCAAAUUGAAGACAACAGGUGCUGCAGCCUGCAUUUCUGCACAGGUAAUGCAGUUCAAAGCAGCAGAUGGAUGGAGCAGGCCAGUUUAUUUACAAAGCUAUUUUAAAGCAUUGGUGUUCACUUGUUAAGAUCAAGAUGCAUAAAACAGCAUUUGUAUAAGAUGUGGGUACUAGAAGAGACAUUUAUUUUUAUUUAAGUAGUAUCAAUAAGUAGAAAUUAUUUAUUAUUCUGUCCUUAUAAAGGUUGAGAUUUUGAGUUUGAAUAUAAUGAGAUAAACGUGAUCAAAUGGAAGUCUUUGUUUAAGCUUAAGAUGUAUUUUAGUGCCAUGUAUUGGGUUGCACUCAGGAUACAUUUGGACUGGGAGACUUGGAAGACUGCAGAUAUACCAGAGCAACCUCAGAGACACAGAUGGGGCCUGGUCUACAAGAAAUACUUCUGCUUUUUAGA